UCGGCGUUUAGACGCGUCACUCGUUGAUAACCCUAAACUCUACCGCUUGACUUGAUAGGAACACCAUACUGAAAAAGAGAAAAAAACAAAACAACGGAAAACAAGGCAACAAGCACCGGUCACACUCUGCGCAUUUCUGCCGUUGCCAUGAAAUGAGGGUACCAUGGGCGCCAAGGAGUCACGGAUAGGUUUCCUUUCGUAUGACGAGGCCGUUAAAAGAGUUACCGAUGUGGAGCUCAAACGUCUGCGAGAUGCCUUCAAGAGGACCAGUGGCCUGUCUGUCUAUAUGACCCAGCAAUGCUUCUACAGGGAAGUACUGGGCGAUGGAGUUCCUCCAAAGGUUGCAGAGGUGAUCUACAACUCUUUUGGUGGUACAUCUAAAGGGCUGCACUUCAACUACCUGAUCGUCGGGCUGGUUCUAUUAACAAGAGGACGCGAUGAAGAGAAAGCCAAAUACAUCUUCAGCUUGUUCGCUUGUGAUUCGGGGACCUAUGUGGUCCGGGAGGAUGUGGAGAACAUGCUGCGUUCAGUGGAUGGGGAGGUCCCGCCCUCUCUUAGGAAGUGCUUCACUGAGGGAGAGAAGGUGAAUUAUGAGAAGUUUAAGAGCUGGCUUCUGCAGAAUAAAGAUGCUUUCACAUUCUCCCGCUGGCUGCUGUCAGGUGGUGUGUGUGUGACGUUGACCGACGACAGCGACACACCCACUUUCUAUCAAACCCUGGCAGGUGUCACGCACUUAGAAGAAUCAGACAUUAUCGACUUGGAAAAACGCUACUGGCUGCUGAAAGCCCAGUCAAGGACAGGCCGCUUUGAUUUGGAAACCUUUGUCCCUCUUGUCUCGCCCCCUAUUCACGCUUCGCUUAGUGAAGGCUUGUUUCAUGCCUUUGAUGAGAAUCGGGACAAUCAUAUUGACUUUAAGGAGAUAUCUUGCGGGCUCUCAGCGUGCUGUCGGGGCCCUGUAGCAGAGAGGCAAAAGUUUUGUUUUAAAGUGUUCGAUGUAGAUCGGGAUGGAGUUCUGUCCAGGGAUGAGAUCCAUGAGAUGGUGGUGGCGCUGCUGGAGGUGUGGAAGGAUAACCGUACAGACACCCUCCCUGAGUUUGAUUCCAGCGUGUCAGACAUUGUAGAGGACAUAUUGAAAAUGCAUGACACAACAAAACUAGGGCACUUAACCCUGGAGGACUAUCAAAUAUGGAGUGUGAAAAGUGCACUCGCCAAUGAGUUCCUCAACUUGCUGUUUCAGGUGUGUCAUAUCGUCCUGGGCCUGCGUCCUGCUACCCCUGAAGAGGAAGGCCAGAUCAUUAGGGGUUGGCUGGAGAGGGAGAGCAGACAUGGGCUACAACCCGGUCAGAACUGGUUCCUGAUCUCCAUGCAGUGGUGGCAGCAAUGGAAAGACUAUGUCAGAUAUGAUAAUAAGUCGAUUGUCAUGGAGCAGCCGUCAAUGCAAGGCAGUGGGAUGAGAAGUUCUCAGUCAACAGCACCUAUAGACCCCAUCUUGUACAGAAUUGGAAUAGUGGUCCGUUCCCCCAGUUCCCCAGAAGAAAAAUUCCCUGAUAACAUCUCCAGCUCAUCGGAGGCUUCAGAGAGCACUGGUAAUAGCCUGACCCCACACGCCACUUCCUCUGCCACAGAUGUCUGCUUUGCUCGGCAGCACAACAUCUCUGACAACAACAACCAGUGUUUCUCCAGCGCCAAUGGCCAUUUGCCCAACAGCAUGGCUGUGCAGAGACCUGGUGCCAUAGACAACCAGCCUCUGGUUACCACCGAGCCCAUGAAGGCGCCCACACUGACCAUGGAGGGAGGCCGGCUGAAGAAAUCCCAACAGCUGGUGGCUUGUCGGGACUUUGAGACGGUGCCAGAGCCGGUAUGGAGGGCACUUUACCACUGGUAUGGGGCCAACCUCAGCCUUCCCCGACCGGUCAUCAUGUCUACAGUCACAGCUCAACCAGAACUGGAGCUCUUUCCCCGCUACCUCCUGUUCCUGCGCCAGCAACCGGCCACACGCAGCCCUCAGUCUAACAUCUGGGUCAAUAUGGGUAUGAGCAGCCUGCGAAUGUUCCCUCCACAUAUGAACCGAGGAAAUGUUCCUUCUCCGAACGCCCCACUGAAGCGAGUGCUGGCAUACACAGGCUGUUUCAGCAGGAUCGGUACCAUUAAAGACAUUCAUGAGUACCUGUCCCAAAGGUUACGCAUCAAAGAAGAGGACAUGCGCCUCUGGCUCUACAACAGUGAGAAUUACCUCACUCUCCUAGACGAUGAAGAUCACACUUUAGAAAGUUUGAAAAUUCAAGACGAACAGCACUUAGUCAUUGAGGUCCGAAACAAAGAUAUGAGCUGGCCAGAGGAAAUGUCUUUCAUUGCAAACAGCAGCAAAAUCGACAGACACAAAGUUCCUACAGAGAAAGGUGCCACAGGUUUAAGUAACCUGGGUAACACAUGCUUCAUGAACUCCAGUAUUCAGUGUGUAAGCAAUACCAAGCCCCUCACUGAGUACUUUAUCUCAGGACGACACCUUUAUGAGCUUAACAGAACCAAUCCAAUAGGAAUGCGUGGUCACAUGGCAAAAUGCUAUGGUGAUUUGGUACAGGAACUCUGGAGCGGCACCCAGAAGAACAUUGCACCUCUGAAACUCAGAUGGACGAUAGCAAAGUAUGCACCAAGAUUCAACGGCUUCCAGCAACAAGACUCCCAGGAGCUUUUGGCCUUCCUGUUGGAUGGGCUUCAUGAGGACUUGAAUCGUGUGCAUGAGAAACCGUACGUGGAGCUCAAGGACAGCGAUGGUCGGCCAGAUCAUGAAGUGGCCACAGAGGCCUGGGAAAACCAUUUGCGGAGAAAUCGUUCUAUCGUGGUCGACCUCUUCCAUGGGCAGCUCAGGUCCCAGGUGAAGUGCAAGACCUGUGGCCAUAUAAGUGCCCGCUUCGACCCCUUUAACUUCCUGUCACUGCCGCUUCCUAUGGACAGCUCCAUGCACUUAGAAAUCACAGUUAUCAAACUUGACGGCUCCACUCCGGUGCGGUAUGGACUGCGUCUCAACAUGGAUGAGAAGUACAUGGGCCUAAAAAAACAGCUGAGCGAGCUGUGUAGCCUGAAACCUGAGCAGAUUCUACUGGCUGAGGUUCACACGUCCAACAUCAAGAACUUUCCUCAAGACAACCAGAAGGUGCGACACUCAGUGAACUGCUUUCUCUGUGCAUUUGAGAUCCCUGUGCCUGGCUCGCCCACCUCAGUCAUGUCUCCAGUUAUAACAGAAAAACCACCUGUGGCUAAUGGGACAGCAGGGAAUAAUCACAUUGGAAAGUCUGGCCUGAUUCCUAAUGGCAUGCCAAGCACAGUGGUCCCCUGCACCGCAGAGAAGCCCCUCGCCAAUGGGAUUCCUAAUGGUCAUGCCGUGCCAGUGCAAGACAGCCCCUUCAUUGGCUACAUCAUUGCCAUGCACAGAAAGAUGAUGCGGACAGAGCUGUACUUCCUGUCCUCUCAGAAGAACAGGCCCAGUCUGUUCGGUAUGCCGCUGAUUGUGCCAUGCACAGUUCACACGAGUAAGAAGGACCUGUAUGAUGCCGUGUGGAUCCAGGUGUCCCGACUUGCAAGCCCUCUACCCCCACAGGAAGCCAGCAACCAUGCUCAAGACUGUGAUGACAGUAUGGGCUACCAGUACCCCUUCACUCUGCGAGUGGUACAGAAAGAUGGUAAUACCUGUGCCUGGUGUCCCUGGUACAGGUUCUGCAGAGGCUGCACAGUGGACUGUAAUGAAGACAGAGCAUCUUUGGGGAAUGCUUACAUUGCUGUAGACUGGGACCCCACCGCUCUGCACCUUCGUUACCAGACCUCUCAGGAAAGGAUAGUGGAAGAACAUCCCAGUGUCGAGCAGAGUCGGCGCGCUCAAGCAGAACCCAUCAGUCUGGACAGCUGUUUGAAAGCCUUCACCAGUGAAGAAGAGCUGGGAGAGGAUGAGCUCUAUUACUGCUCCAAAUGUAAAACUCACCGCCUGGCCACCAAGAAGCUGGACCUCUGGAGGCUACCUCCCGUACUGAUUGUUCAUUUGAAACGCUUCCAGUUUGUCAAUGGUCGCUGGAUUAAGUCUCAGAAAAUUGUGAAGUUUCCACGUGAGAGCUUUGACCCCAGUGCGUUCCUGGCCCCACGGGAGGUGUCUCAGAGCAUGGGCAGCCUGCAGAGUGGAAGCCUGGUAGAUGAGCUCCAGAGGCUGGAGAGAGGAGACUCCUCUGUGUCCUCCAUCUCCACUACUACUGCGGCCAGUCCUCCCACCUCUGACAGAGGCACCCCAUGCUCCAUCAGGAGGGUGGGUAGCCCACUGAGCAAAAACAGCAGCCCUGGCAGCAGCCCCAGGAAUACAGGGCGGAAACAGGGGCGCCUGCGUCUUCCCCAGCUGGGCAGUCGACAUCGACUCUGCAACAGCAAAGAAAACCUGGAAGCCUGUAGCAGCAGCAAGGAAAGUGAGACUGAGCCAGAGCAGGGCACAGUGACGGACGGGGAGAAUCAGAUCACAUCUGAGGCAAACGCACAAGACACCUGGUCACUGGACGCCUCAAGCAAUGACUGCGAUGUGAUCAUGGUGAAUGGAUUGGGACAAGACAGCAGUCAGAGUAAUGGACACUCAGAGGUCAGCGCAGACCUGGACACCCCUCACCAAAGAAAUGACAUCUGCCUGGAGCCCCUGUACAAUUUAUAUGCAAUCUCAUGCCAUUCAGGAAUAAUGGGAGGGGGGCACUAUGUGACUUAUGCCAAAAACCCCAAUGAAAAGUGGUACUGUUACAAUGACAGCAGCUGCAAGGAAGUUCACUCAGACGAGAUUGACACAGAUUCAGCGUACAUCCUGUUCUACGAGCAACAGGGAGUGGACUACUCACAGUUUUUGCCAAAAACAGAGGGCAAAAAGAUGGCAGACACCACUAGCAUGGACGAAGACUUUGAAUCUGACUACAAGAAGUACUGUGUGCUGCAGUGAUGCCCUGCUCUUCCACAUCAAAGACACUAGGGGGGUCUGUCAGUACGCCAGUGCAAUGAGAACUGAAACGCAGUGCCGCCCCAGAGGACCAUCAUUUGUGAAAGCACAAAAUAUCAGUUAGCCGACAGGCACAACACCGCCACUGACUGCGCUUUCAGAAUAGAGGUACCUGACACUUCAGAUAUACACGAGGGAGAGGGGAAAAGAGUGAAUCAGAGAGAACUGUAGCGAUCAUGUGAUUGUCACCAAGCAAACAAACAGCUGUUAGCCAAUCCCUUGAAAUCACCGUUAUCAGACAGACAGAACUGCUCUUUCACAUGCCAGCCCACACAGGUGAAUCCAGAAAUUCCCAAACAAGAGCUUAUGCUUCUGUAUUGACAAUAUUUCAAAUGCUAAUUGGCACAUUGUUUCAAUUAGGAAAUCAAUGGUGAAGGUGGCAUUGGUAUAAAUUAUAAAGGUUUCUCUAAAGCUUUUGUUGGCUUAGUUUUCUCAUGGUUGAUUUUUUUUCUUCAGUAAGUUCCAUACACUACCUCACAUCUUUUGCAGUUGGUUAACUGUUCAGAGAAAAUCAUUGACAGUAUUAUAUCAUCUGAGGGCAGUUCAAAUUACUUCUACUUUAUACCCC